AUGGGUCGCUCAAAUGUGUCUUCCGGGACAACACCUGGCGUGCAUGACCGCUUGGCUCAGUUGGAGCGAUUGGUUGUGUCACUGAUGACCGACUCGGCGAGCAAGGCACAAGUACAUAUUCCGUCAGGCUCCGAAGCUUCGGUUCCAUCAAGAAUCCCAAAUCCACCGCCAAGUGAUCCCAUUGUCGACGCUGCUGAUGGUCGCUCUGAGUGUGGUGGUAUGCAAAUCAGCGAGUCAGAAUUUCACUAUGUUGGAAAUAACCAUUGGGCGACUAUCCUCGAUGGAAUCGCGGAUCUCAAAGACCAUCUCGAUCGCGAUGAGCAGUUCAGACUCGCAAGUACCCCGUCGGAUCUUGAUAUUGAUGAGCAUGGAAACUGUUUGGAUCGCCCUCGGUCUGGUUAUGCGCUUCUUCUGUAUGGCGGGCGUCGGCUAGGCUCAAAGGAAGAGAUUCUCGCAGCGCUGCCUCCGAGGUCUGCGGUGGAUCGAUAUGUUUCUCGGUAUUUCAAUUACUUAGACCUGGUUUCCUCUUCUGCGGUGCAUGGACCAAGUUUUCUACGUGAGUACGAGGCAUUUUGGGGAAAUCAGUCGGGCACGCCUGUUAUGUGGAUUGGUCUUCUCUUCAGCAUGAUAUGUCUCGCAUGCCUUACUUCCGAUGUCCUAUCCGAACCGAACCCCGAGGAUCUAUCACUCCAAAUCGACCUUUAUCGCGAGAAAAUUGUGCAAUGUUUGACGCUAGGUGAAUAUACAAGGUCAGGGCCAUAUGUUUUGGAGACAGUUAUAAACUACACAUAUGCGGAAUUCUGCAUUCGAACCGACGCCGAUAAGGACAUCUGGUUUCUGCUAGCUCUGGAGGUCAAUUUGGCGAUGCGAAUGGGCUACCACCGUGACCCAAGCCACUUCUCCGGGAUCUUACCCUUCUACGGCGAAAUGCGUCGUCGACUUUGGGCAACAGUUCUAAUGGGGGAUAUACUCAUCUCCAAUCAAAUGGGCAUGCCGCGAAUGAUCUCCGACAGCAAAUGGGAUACUUCAGAGCCACGAAACUUGAAUGACUCGGAUUUCGACGAACAAUCGACCGAGUUGCCUCCCUCUCGCCCCCUCACUAAGUAUACAAACUCCCUCGGAAUCAUCGCACGAAGGCGGAUUCUCGCGGUACUUGGGGCCGUGAUAGAUCUGGCUGACGCGGUUAGGCUAUGUACCUAUGCUGAUGUCAUACAUAUCGAUUCUAUGAUCCAAGAGGCAGCAGCUAGCAUCCCCCCACCACUAAAGCUCAAGUCUAUGGCAACGAGCAUGACUGACGCCCCACAGAUCAUCAUGGCCCGGUUAUUCCUAUGCCAUAUGAUCUACAAGGGACAGGUUGUUCUCCACAAGCGAUUCUUCUACCCUAACUCAGACAAUUCAGAUGAUCAAGCGACCUCUUACUCACGAAAGGUCUGCUUGGAGGCUUCCCUUGGUACCCUCGAGAUUCAACAUAUCCUAGACGAGGAAACUUGUCCGGGGGUCAACUUUAUACCAUGCGAUUUCGCGUGA